AUGAAAAAUAUCUCCCCUCAUAGAGGUAAAGCAGAUCCUGGCAACAUCUUCCACCUCAAACGGGAGGAAGAAACUGCUGUUUUCAGCAUAGAUAAUCAUCUAAUGUCCUCGCAAGGCACCCAUGGAUGCUUUGAAGGAGUCAAAUUGGAAGGAAGGAAUGCUGGUGCAACGUUGAUCGCAAGGCAAAGUGGUCGUUCUGGAGGAUCACAAGAUUGUUGCAGUAUAAACAUAUACAUAUGCAACAAUGUGCAAGGAGUGAACAACUCCGUGCUGAUUGGGAGCAAGGUGAAACAGGGUGACCCGGGUGUCCGCUUAACUUUGAAGGGACUCAAACUGGACAAAGGGUUUAAGAAAAAACAAAGAAGGCAGACCAGAGAAUUAGUUGCUGGAAUUUGCUGGAUCACUUUGUUAUUUGCUCUCCUCGCUAUGAUCUUCUUGUUUUGA